AUGUUAGUGCUAUUGGAGACCCCGGCGGGCUACGGCCUCUUCAAGGUGACAGACUCGCGUCUGCUGGAGUGCAAUGUUGAGGAUGUCCCUUCGUUUUUUCGGGACGGUGACUCUGCGCGUUCAUCAGUACAGCUUUCGGCGUUUUCAAAGUUCAACAGUACUGAUGAUGCGCUUGAAGAGGCAACUGCCCUUUCGGAGUCGCGUCUGGGCAAACAGCUUAAGCGUAUGCUGAAAAAGAAGGUCGCUUCUGCGAAGGUGGUAGAGCCACUGGCUGUGUGCGAUAAGUUGUUGGCCGUUGAAAUCCAAAAGAAGUUGAAGAUUGAUGUUGUGUACAAUCCUACCACAGUGGAGAUCGCUCGUGGCCUUAAGAGCCAGUUUUUUGAGUUGGUAGCCGGAAUAUCAGAGGCAGACUGUAAAUCUAUGUCUCUAAGUUUAUCGCAUUCUCUGGCAAGGUUCAAACUGAAGUUUUCUCCCGACAAGGUUGACGUGAUGGUUGUCCAGGCUAUCGGCCUGCUUGACGACCUUGAUCGUGAAUCGAACAACUUUGGCAUGCGUUUAAAGGAGUGGUACGGCUGGCACUUCCCCGAGCUUUCGCAUAUUGUGCCUGACAUGGCACUUUACUCUCGUACCGUACGACAGAUUGGCAUUCGGGGGUCUACAUCUUUGGACAAUUUGGAGACCUUUUUACCUAAGGACGUCGUGGAUGAGAUAAAGAAGGCCUGUGAAAUCUCUAUGGGUUCAGAACUCUUGAGUGACGACUUGGAAGCAAUCACAGAGCUGGCCGAGCGUCUAGAAGAGAUGCUCACUUACCGUGCCACAUUGGAGGAGUAUCUGCGGGUGCGUAUGCGCGCUUUGGCACCCAACUUAACCCAUAUGGUUGGGGAGGUGAUAGGCGCGCGAUUGUUGUCGCACAGUGGUUCUCUGAUAAACUUGGCCAAACACCCCGCAUCCACGGUACAGAUACUUGGUGCCGAGAAGGCUUUGUUCAGGGCGUUGAAGACAAACGCACCUACACCAAAGUACGGUAUCAUCUACCACGCAGGGUUCGUUGGCCAAGCGCAACCUAAGCACAAGGGCAAGAUAUCACGUAUUCUUGCAGCCAAACUUGCGCUGUGUGUGCGUGUAGACGCCCUACAAGACAGUCAGGAACCCACGGUUGCAAUUGAGAGCAAGCGUUAUGUUGAGCAGAAACUGGCCGAGUUAUCUGGGAAGCCCGACAUUGCGGCUGUUGGUGGCAUCAAGCGUCCUGAGAAGCAUGGCCAAUUGCAAAAACCCAAGUGGACCGCCUCUAAGCGUUUCAAGGGCGCUGCAUCCGAGUGA